AUGAAGAAGAGCAACAGGAAGACUACCAUGAGGAUCAGUAAGCGAGACGCCAUCCGCAUCCCAUCCCCGCACAGUCCAAGAGCUCUCCAAAAUAUGCUGGAUGGAGGAGAGUAUGCCCCUUUUGUAUCUCCUCCCAUACUGGAGGGCAAUUUUAUCCAGGUCAAUAGAAGAGGUGAAUCCAUUUACCUUCACAACCAAGCCAACUGGGUGGCUGUUGCCAUCUGCUCUUCCAGCCACACCCACAAGACCCCCAACGUGAUGCUGCUAGCACAUCUCACGCCCACGGCCCAGAAAGACAAACCCCUGUUUGAGAGCCUCCUGAGACCGUCUCCAGAGAAACUGGUGCUCACCAGGUUUCUCCCUCUGCAGUUUGUGAGGCUGUCUGUGCACGAUGCUGAGAAAAUGCGCCUCAAAGUGAAGUUGGUGAGUGGCCGAGCCUACUAUCUCCAGCUCUGUGCCCCUGCAUACAAGCAGGACACCUUGUUUUCUCAAUGGGUAGAGCUCAUCGCCCUCCUGAAUCAGGAGAAAGCUUCCAGACUGUCGGAAGUCUCCAGCCUCUCGGAACUCACAAAUAGCACAGACAUCACAGGCUCCAUGGACAUCAUGGAUAUCGCAGAAUUCACAGCUGUACAGACUUCCCAUCCAUACACGUAUUCAGACCACGUAUAUGGCAUGGAGAGCACUGAUUUCUCAGAGUUAACGGUCAUCACUGACGUCACUGAUGUCACGGAUGUUCCCGAACAGGAGGUCACUGAGGCCCCAGAUGUGAACAUUUUCACAGAAGUCACAGAAGUCACAGACCUCCAUGAUGGCACAAACACCUCAGGGGUCAGAGUGGUAUUUGAAAAUGAUGACAUACUAAGGGCCAAGCAGGAGGAAAAGGAAAAACUGGAAAAAUGUCUGAAGCCUGGGUGCCUACGAGAUACAAAGAGUAAGAACGAGCUCAAAGAAUUCACAAAACACGUCACCAUCUCAAACGUAACACUGACUUUCGAAGGGGAAAGAUGCUUCCAAACUAUCUUGACGCCGGUAGAAAGUGAGCGGAAUGCCUGUGAAGAGACGAAUGAAAGGACCUCAGAAAAAAGCAUGACUUUCAAGGCUGAAAAAUCCAGGAGCAUGAGGACUGAUUCAAACACUUCAGGUAUGGAACAAAUUCCACUACAUUUCUCUGUGAUCCCCAGUGUCUGGUAG